UCCCUCUCUCUUUCUCCGUUGGAUUCUUUUGCCCUUUUUUUUUUUAAUUUUAAUUUUGAUUUGUUUAUGUUGUUUUGGAGUUAAAUACUAAAGAGAGACUUUGUUUUCUUUUGGGCCAUUCUAACAAAAUCCCAGAAAUAGAGCUCGAGUCUUCUCUUUCGCGCUAUAGUAUAGUCUUUAUUGGAUAUCACUUAUCAAAAUUUAACAGAACUUUUGUCUUUGUUAGCUGUUAUUCUGUCUUCUUUGUUGUUGUUCCUUUCGAAAAUAGGCUAAAUUUUCAUCUGGGUAGUCUUUGAUUUCAGUAUGAAGCCUUUCAGCCUUUCUCUGCUUCUGUCUUGAACACAUUUUUUACGGUGCAAAAAUAUUGACUAAUGCCCGUUUGGGUAUAUGCCAUUUGUGGAAAUGGUUUUUGGGUACUUUGUUUUUGUGCUGCUACUUUGAGGCUUUGAGCUAUCUUCUGAUGUUUUUGUUAUUGGGUUUAUAAGGGUUUUAAAAAUUGAGGCUUGUUUCAUCGAGCUAGGAUGAGUAUGGAGGAGAUUGAGGAGGUAAACAAGGCAGCGGUUGAGAGCUGCCAUAGAGUUAUUGGCCUCCUGUGUCAACCCAGAGAUCAAGUUCUGUCUAGGAACUUGAUGAUGGAAACUAGAGAGGCUGUGUCUAAGUUUAAGAGAGUGGUGUCUCUUCUGAGCACUAAUUUUGGUCAUGGAAGUGUGAGGAAGUUGAAGACGUUUAGAUCAUCUUUGCCUCAAAACAUCUUCCUGGACAGCCCGAAUUGCAGAGCAAUUUUGGCACCAAAGCCCCUCCAAAUUGUGCCUGCUAAUUUUCUUGAAACCCCACUUUCUGAAAUGCAUUCCAAGUCUAAAUCAUGUACGCAACCUAUCCAGAAAACAUUUCUUGAAAACCCAGUAUUUGAAAUGAAUUCAAAUGCUAGGCCUCCGAUUCAAAAUACCCAAAUAAAACCAUCACAACACUACCAGUUUCUUCAACAACAGCAGCAAAUACAGAGGAUGCAGUUUCAGCAGCAGCAACAAAUGAAUUAUGCUGAUGUGAUGUUCUCUAAGAGUAACAGUGGGAUUAACCUUAAAUUUGAUGGUUCUACUUGCACACCAGUCAUAUCAUCAACAAGAUCAUUCAUAUCAUCUCUGAGCGUGGAUGGUCCUGUGGCUAACUUUGAUGGAGAUUCCUUCCAUUUGAACGGCGUGCCUCAGUCAUCUGCUCAUAUCUCUCAACAGAAAAGGAGAAAGUGUUCUGCUAGAGGGGAAGAUGGAAGUGUGAAGUGUGGAAGCUCUGGUAAAUGUCGUUGUUCAAAGAGAAGGAAACUGAGGUUCAAGAGAUCCAUAAAGGUGCCUGCUAUUAGUAAUAAAGUUGCUGAUAUUCCUCCUGAUGAGUAUUCAUGGAGGAAAUACGGGCAAAAGCCGAUUAAGGGCUCUCCACCUCCUAGGGAAUAUUACAAAUGUAGCAGCCUGAGAGGUUGCCCUGCCAGGAAGCAUGUUGAGAGAUGCCGGGAAGAUCCUUCAAUGCUAAUUGUCACUUAUGAAGGUGAGCAUAAUCAUUCCAGAUUACUCUCAUCACAAUCUGCCUAUACAUGAAAUUUACAAGAUAUCUUCAUUCAAUCCCACUGCAAGAACUCAAAUUUCUAAAUGAUUCAAAUUUCACAAAAAUUGGGUUGGUUCUUGUUUGUGAAUUAAUACUAUAUAGAGUAUGUGGUUCGAAUCUAAGACUAGAAAUGAUGGAGCAGAUUUAUGAUUAGUUGACAGGGAUUGGUCCAGUUUCAGCUGCACAUAUAUAUAAUAGGGUUUAGAAAUUGUAAACUUGUGCUUCCUAAAUAUCGAAGUUAUAUUUCCUCUUCCUUCUACAAGUAGCUUUCUGUUUAAAUCAUGGGUUUCCAAUUAAAGGCAACACCCAUGGCAUGAAAUUUGAAUCUCACUUGUAAAGUUAGACAUUAUUGUUAUAUUUGUUGCUUUGAAAUUUGGAUAUGUUUUUUCAUGAACUCAAAUUGUGACUUGACCUGAAAGUUUUAGCGCUGCGACCCGAUUGGGAUAAAAAGUGAGAUCUAUGGUGCUAGUGGGGGGCACGAGCCAAUAGGCCCGGGCCUGACGCCCACCACUGAUUUCCUUGGGAGUGCGAGGGCAAUGCUCCCGCGGUAUGGACCAGUAUAAAUAUUGUAAUAUUCUACCCUUUGCGUUAGAGUUGUGAGAUAUUCGAGAAACACACUGGAGUUAGGUUUUGAGAGUUCUGAUUGAUUGUAUCUUACUCUUGUCAUCAUAGUGGAACUUUUUUCUCUUGUCUUGCCCGUGGAUGUAGACCUUACGGUUGAACCAUGUUAAAUCCUGUGUUAUUCUUCUUCUCUUUUCAAUACUGUGUAAUUGUGCGAUUUGUGUGAUUAUUAUAACGAAUUGGUAUUAGAGCUUUGUGCGCAAAACCUAGGGUUUACAGAUGGCGUCGUCUUCAACGAAGUAUGAGAUAGAGAAGUUUGAUGGUGGAUCGAGUUUCAGUUUGUGAAAGAUUAAAAUUAAAUCUUCCUUGAUCCUACAAGGUCUAUAGAAGGCAAUCAAGGAUAACUUUCCAGAAGGUAUGAAAGAGGC